AUGUUGUUUUCCGCGUUGUUACUACUGUCGUCCCUGCAUAAUGUGGUUGCACAGCGCCAUGACGCGGACUUGAUGUCCUUUGUCACACUACCCGAAGUCCGAGCCUUGAGAUGGGACGUUCACUACCUCGACCGCGCGCGUGCCGAGCCUGGCUACUGGUUCGUUGCGCCCUACGGCCAGAUCAGCCCCGAGAUGGCCACCAAGAAGUACCAGCAAUAUCAGGUCGGCCCGUAUAUUUACGAUGACAAUGGGAUGCUCAUCUGGGCCGGUUCGCUGUUCUGGGAUAACCAGAACGUCUUCGAUUUCCACGCGGUACACGACCUUUCAGCCGAUAACGAGACUCACAUUUCAAUGAUUGUCAACUGGGAAAGAGAUGGGCCGGGUAAGGGCAAGGGUGUCAUGAUGAACAAACAUUACCAUGUCGAGACCGAAGUGAAUGUCUUGAAUGACCUGCACGAUUUCAACAUGCACGAGUUCAACAUCUUGCCCGGUGGGAAGACCGCUUUGGCCUGUACCUACCGCUCCCGAGAGAUCAGCAUGGAGGAUUUCGGACGUCCGGCGGAGUCCAGCUUCAUCGUCUCCGGUGGCUUUGUGGAGUUGGAUAUGGAGACCAGUGAGAUUCUGGUUCAGUGGGAAAGUUUUGACCACAUCCCCCUGCAUGAAUCGAACAUGUUUCAUGCCUGGGACAACCCCAUGGGUGAUCCGGGCUGGGACUACGUCCACAUCAACGCUGUUGACAAGAACCUCGCUGGAGACUAUAUCAUCUCCUUGCGGUUCACUAACACGGUCUACCUUAUCUCCGGCGAGGAUGGCCAUAUUAUGUGGCGCCUGGGCGGUCUCGAGAGUGACUUCGAUAUGGACUUUACCUUCUCUAAGCAGCACGAUGUAAAAUUCGUCUCUUCCAACGGUACCCACCACGUGAUCUCGAUGCUAAACAACGCCUCCGAUGAGCGAGGCAACGACGAGAAUUUGUCGUCUGCCCUGUUCAUCGAAAUUGACACCGUUGCCAUGACCGCCCGCGUCAUCAGCCGCAUCAACCGCCCAGAUAGUGACUUGACCCGCCUGCGUGGCAGUGUCUCAACUCUACCUAACGGCAACGUCUUCAUUGGCUGGAGUGAGUUUGGUUACCAGAGCGAGCACGCCGCCAAUGGCGACCUCUUGAUGACCAGUCGCUUUGUCGGAGACCGCUACUCGACCUACCGUGCCUACAAAUCCGACUUUAUCGGCCGUCCCACCACACCUCCGGACGUCGUGGCCUCUGUCUACGGUACCAGCGAAGAGGACAUCACCACGAUCAUCUACGUCAGCUGGAACGGUGCGACCGAUGUUGUCGGAUGGAACUUGUACGCUAAGGCUUACGACCACGGCGAGCCUGUUAAGAUUGGCCACGCUACCAAGACCGAUUUCGAGACUAUGUACAUUGUCGACGGCUACAUGGACUGGAUCACCGCCGAAGCUGUCGAUGUCAACGGCGAUGUCAUGAGCACUUCUCGUGUCGCUCGCAGCGACAUUCCCCAGAACUGGAUGGCCGUCGGCUUCCUGGGAGAUUCUGGCCCGUCCCCUGAUGACCCGUCUAUCAUCGCCUCGGUGAACAAGGGCUCCACCAGCACCAGCGACUCCACCAUCGAUACCAACACCGAUACCACGGAUGCCGUUGAAGCCGACAAGACCGUCACCGACACUACCGACUCUUCCUCCGGAAUGGACGGCAUGGACAUGUCCGACGACUCCACCUCCGACGCAAUGGACCACGACAACACAUCCUACGCCGACGCCAAAGAAGUCGCAAAAGCCGUGUACAGAGCCUACGAAGUAAUCCGCGGCAUCGGCGGUCUCCUCAUCUUCAUCCUGCUAGCAUGCUCCACCGGCGGUGUCAUCUACGGCAUCUGGCGCUGUCUACAAGCCCGCAAGCGACGCUCCUACCAGCAUGUCCCCUCAGAAGAGGGUAUCCCCGUGGAAGAAAUCCACCUGCGCUCGCAACAACCCGAGUGA